AUGUCUUGGCAUCAUAAUGAACGUGUUAAAGAUGGGUCGUUAAGGCAUCCUGCCGAUGGUGAAUCUUGGAAAGCAUUUGACAGUCGACAUGAAGAUUUUGCAAAGGAGCCUCGUAAUGUGAGACUUGGCUUAGCAAGCGACGGAUUCAAUCCGUUUCGAACUUUGAGUAGUACACAUAGUACAUGGCCUGUUGUUCUGAUGGUGUAUAAUCUACCCCCUUGGAUGAGCAUGAAGCCUGAUUAUUUUAUGCUCUCUUUACUCAUUCCUGGCCCACAAUCACCUGGAAAUGACAUUGAUGUCUAUCUUCAACCACUAAUUGAAGAAUUAAAAGAAUUGUGGGAGUUAGGUGUCGAAACAUAUGAUUCCAAAGAGAACAAAACAUUCAACAUGAGAGCAUGUCUUUUAUGGACAAUUAACGACUUCCCUGCGUAUGCUAUGUUAUCUGGGUGGAGUACAAAGGGAAAAUUGGCUUGUCCAUGUUGUAAUGAUGAGACUUCUUCUAUAUAUCUGAAACAUAGCCACAAGACUGUUUAUAUGGAUCAUCGAAGGAUUUUACCCAUGAACCAUCCAUGGAGACACAAUAAAAGAUCUUUCAAUGGGAAAACUGAACUUAGGUCUCCACCGCAGUUGUUAGAUGGAACAACUGUAUUUCAUAUAUUGCAAGGGGUAGAUAAUUCUUUUGGGAAGAAGCAAAGGAAAGCAAAGAAUGGCAUUUCAAAUUGGAAAAAGCGAUCAAUCUUUUUUGAUUUACCAUAUUGGAAGUUCAACAUGUUUAGACAUAACCUUGAUGUCAUGCACAUAGAGAAGAAUAUAGUUGACAGCAUAAUUGGAACGCUUUUGGAUAUUUCUGGAAAGACAAAAGAUCAUGCAGUUGCGCGUUUUGACCUUAAAGACAUGGGUAUCAGGAAAAACCUUCAACCAAGAGAUACGAAUGAUGGUAAAAGAACUAAGUUAGCAAAGGCAUGCUUCUCAAUGACUGCAGCAGAGAAAACAAUCUUUUGUAGUGUGUUAAAAGGGGCAAAAUUACCAGACGGCAGCGCUUCCAAUAUCGCUCGAUGUGUGCAGCAAACGGAAAAGAAGAUUUCUGGUUACAAGACCCAUGAUGCUCAUUUCAUGUUACAUUACUUGUUGCAAGUACCGAUCAAGAGCAUACUUCCUGACCAUGUUGCCAUCGCUUUAGUUCGAUUAUGUUCAUUUUUUCGCCGGAUAUGUCAGAAGGUAAUUAGCAUAGAUGAGGUAGUUAACUUAGAAGCAGAGAUUGCUGAGACAUUAUACCAAUUGGAGAGGAUUUUUCCUCCAAGCUUUUUUGACAUAAUGGUGCACUUGCCUAUCCAUUUGGCAAAUGAAGUGAGGUUAGGUGGUCCAGUUCAAUAUCGUUGGAUGUACCCUGUUGAACGAUAUAUGUGCACACUAAAAUCAUAUGUUCGUAACAGAAGUCGUCCAGAAGGAUCCAUUGCUGAAGGAUAUUUGGCGAAUGAGUGUAUUAAUUUUUGCUCAAGAUAUUUGCAUGAAGAUGUCCAGACAAGAUUCAACAGAGUCCCUCGAAACAAUGAUGAUGAUGUCCAGACAAGAUUCAAUAGAGUCCCUCGAAACAAUGAUGAGUGUGUUUCAGAUGAGCUGCGAACUCCGAGUUUGUUUCCAAGCAAAGGAUGUCCUUUGGGUGGAAAAAUGGGAGAUUUGUUCAUGUUAGAUGAAAAAUCAGAAAUACAAGGUCAUUCAUACAUCCUAAACAAUUGUGAUAAGAUCGAAGUCUACAUGAGAGAGCAUGAAGAGGCAGUAAAUGAUAACAAUCCACGAAGAACAAAGUGGGAGAAAGCCAAAGACCAUAGUCAACAGUUUGCAGAAUGGUUUAAAACUCGUGCCAUGAAAAAGGAUGUGUCUGGUUGGGCAAAAGGGUUGGCUAGGGGUCCAAAUAGAGUUGCAAAAAGAUUUUCAGGUUAUGUUAUCAAUGGGUAUAGGUUUCAUACAAGGCACCGUGAUGCGAGACGUAAAACCCAAAAUAGUGGUGUCACAUUGGAGGCAUUGACUCCUAGUUUUGCUACUGUGAAAGAUAAGAACCCAAUUGAAGCAAAAGUAACCUACUAUGGUAGAAUAGUUGAUAUGUUUGAAUUAGAUUAUUAUGGCCAAUUUAAGGUAGUCCUGUUUAAGUGUGAAUGGUAUACAGUUGCAAAAGACAACUUUGGUCUCUCAUAUGUGUAUUUCAGUAAGAAAUGCUACCAAGAAGAACCAUUUGUGCUAGCGUCCCAAGUAAACCAAUGCUUUUAUGUGCAAGACCCAUAUGUGAGUGACAAACACUAUGUUAUGAAAACAAUUCCAAGAGAUUUAUUUAGGAUAAGUGAUGACCUUGAGUCUGAUUCCCCCAUAAUAUAUGCAAGGGAGCCAUGUGAACCUGAAGUGAUUCCAAGUCUCCCAAAUGAUAAUGGUGAAGUUGAUCUAGUGAGGAAUGAUCUACGAGCAACCAUUAUAGAUAUGGCUCCAAAUAUGUUUGCCAAACAACGUGGUGAGGAAGAUGAGGAGAGUGAAUACGAGUACAUGGAGGACUCUGAUUCUGAAACAUCUUGA